AUGUGCAAAAAAAAAAAGAGGCAACGGUGGAAACAUGAAACUUUCUUCCUGUUGUUUCUUGUCCUGGUUCAAAUAUUUGGCUUAGAAGAUGGCAACCGACAGACAGCCGAGAUCUGUUCCACGCAUACCAUUUUACCUGGACCGAAAGGAGAUGAAGGCGAAAAGGGAGAUCAAGGAGAAAUGGGAAAAACUGGAAAAGUUGGACCCACAGGAUCCAAAGGAGACAAAGGAACAAUUGGAGAUAUUGGUGAACAAGGAAUGAUAGGUAAAAUUGGACCAAUUGGCAGAAAAGGUGACAAAGGAGUAAAGGGCGAGUCUGGAGUCACUGGAGGGAAGGGUAAAGCAGGUGGCGUCUGUGAUUGUGGGAAAUAUCGCAAAGUUGUUGGACAACUGGACAUCAAUGUGGCUCGACUCAAAAAUUCCAUUAGUUUCGUAAAGAAUGUGUUAGCAGGCAUCAGAGAAACAGAAGAAAAAUACUACUACAUUGUUCAGGAAGAAAAGAACUACAGGGAAGCCCUCGCUCACUGCAGGGUUCGAGAAGGAAUUUUAGCGAUGCCAAAGAAUGAAGCUGCUAACGCAGUGAUUUCUGACUACGUCUUCCAGAGUGGCUUCUUCCGAGUCUUUAUAGGGCUGAAUGACAUAGAGAAGGAAGGCCAGUUCAUGUAUGCAGACCGUACACCAUUGCAAAGCUACAGCAAUUGGAAGGAAGGAGCGCCUCAGGACACCCAAGAGAAUGAGGACUGUGUGGAGAUGCUCAGCACUGGGAAAUGGAACGACACAGAAUGCCACCUCACCAUGUAUUUUGUCUGCGAAUUUCCAAAGAGAAGGACGCAAACAAACACAAGCUUUCCUACAAUUGCACUGCCAAAAUUUAGUGAAUACAAAGCCAGUUCCUGGUAG